UGUUUUUUUUUUUUUUUAGGAGGCAGAAAAAACACGUAGCCACCCGGGUACGUUUGUAAACGGAGUGAUAUUGACUCUUGCUUGAAGCAAAAACAAAAUGAAUAUUGACUAGAUGUGACAAGGAGUCAUCUGCGGUGGAGACACUUUUUUUUUUAGUUAGUUAGUUAACUUUGGAUGGAGGAGUGUGUUUCUUUAUCCAGCGCAGUCCAAACAGCACAGAGGCACUGAGGGGGAUCGGAAUUUACCGGUGACAAGUCUGAGAGGAGAGAGAGAGAGAAAAAAAAGAGGAAAAGAGGAUCCACUCGUUACAUAGAGCAACUUUUUGUGUUUAUACUUGCUUUAUUUUUAUUGCAAUCACAACCGAGAUUUGAAGGCUGUAGUCGAUGAAAAGUUCCUCCAGGAAAGUCAACUUUUUCCCCUUUUUUAGUUCUGCUUUAACUUUUCGAGCGCACAGCAGCUCCAACCAUGGCGAAAAAGUAUGAUUUCCUUUUCAAGUUGCUGCUCAUCGGGGACAGCGGAGUGGGCAAGACAUGUCUGAUCAUUCGUUUCGCUGAGGACAAUUUCAACUCCACAUACAUUUCCACCAUCGGCAUUGACUUUAAAGUAAAAACCAUUGAAGUGGAUGGAAAGAAAGUGAAACUACAAGUCUGGGACACAGCAGGGCAGGAGAGGUUCAAGACCAUUACGACAGCCUACUACAGAGGAGCCAUGGGCAUCAUCCUGGUGUACGACAUCACAGACGAGAAGUCCUUCGAAAACAUUCAGAACUGGAUGAAGAGCAUCAAAGAGAAUGCAUCAGCUGGAGUCAGUCGAAUGUUACUAGGUAAUAAGUGCGACAUUGAAGCAAAGCGGAAAGUUUCCAAGGAAACAGGAGAAAAGUUGGCAAAAGAUCACGGCAUCAGGUUCUUUGAGACCAGUGCAAAGUCCAGCAUUAACGUGGAGGAGUCUUUUCUGUCUUUGGCACGCGACAUACUACAGAAAUCCAGCAAAAAAACAGGCCCCACAGGUCGAGAGGUGAAAAUCACCAGCAGCACAGAGAAAAAAUCCUCCAAAUGUGUUCUUCUCUAGAUAGGACACACAGGCCAGCAGACAUAAGAAAGCACCAUACAGAUUUACAAACACAUCAGUAUUACUGGGGAGAAAUACAGUACAGCAGGUUUUCUGUCUCCAUCUGGUGGGCUCAAAUGUCAAAUGCAUACACAUGCUUCAAUUUACUGUGUUUUUAAACUACCGGUAUUCCCUUUACAAGUGUUUGUACCACCAUGUUUAGUUAAGAUCUGUAUUUCUGCCCUGUAAUUCUUUGGCUUAUCACCACAUUUAUCAUCUCUACAACUGUCACCGCUUUAGGUCUUGAAAGGACUGUUUUGCGAUAUUUGUUUGGACUGGUUAGCUAUAUAAAAAACACUCCAGUUCAAUGGAACAGUGUCUUAUGUGUGAGCACAUACAGUGGUAGCAUUUAGGAGCUCAGAAGCAGAAGAUGAAUUUGAUGGGAAGUGUUUUGAUUCACAUAUAGUACGCAGACACACACACAUUGGCUCCUGGUUGUAGCAUUUCCUGUUAAAUUUUGUAGAUUCUCUACUGGGUAUGACCAAUAUAGAUAUAAUUGGCAAACAUAUUAUUUAAUAAGUCAUAAAUUGGUUACCACAUUCACUUUUGGUUAGUUCAGUGUUUUUCAAGGAUUUUUUUAUUAUAUAUUACAUCAACAGCACACACAAGUUGACAUCCCAUUGUUGCAGGGACGUAUGAAAUGAGACAGGAGACACAUCCAUACUUUGAGAAUUGGUUAAAUGUUUCAAUAGUGUACAGUAUUUUAAUGCGUUCAACAGAAUCUACAUUAUUACAGUCUAUUACAGGGAUGUUUUCUGGUUAUUGUUGAAAACAUCAUGUCAGUUGUGUUGAGCCAAAUCGCAAACAGUGUUGAUAAACAAGUGUUGUUUUAACAGAUGAAUGCAUUGAGGAUGUGGAACAUAGGAACAGAGAUAAGUGCAAUAUGAGAAGAUGAGUGGAGAGAGGAAAGAAUGAUGGAUAAUGCAAGUGCAUGGACAGGAUGUGAGGGAGGCGGCGGUGCUCACACGCCCCUCACUUUGAAUUGAUUUAGUGGGUCUUUGCUUUUAUCUGAAGUGCCUGAUAAAUCUCUUACUAAACACUAUCACACAUUAGCUACAUCUGACAUGACAUGUCUCCCUCUCUCAUCAUUUAAAAUGACUCUGGUUACAGGUGCUCAUUUGAUCCUGACAGGCAUACCUUUAUCUACUUUUUAUGCAUUUCUUUCACACUCUAUGUCUUUUUAGACCUGCCACAAGACUUUGUAUGUAGUUUACAGACCUGCCGCUUGCUGAAUAAAACAUGAUGAGUGUGUUGUA